UUAGUGGAGAAUUUAUGUUGUCAAAUUUUUCACUGCUUUACUGAUGUACAUCAGACACUUUCCAGUUGUUACUUCAAGGUUUGGGUACUGGUAAAAUAGUCCUUCCCCUGAUGCCCAACCCCCUCCUUUAGAGCCCGCCAUUUUGUGAAUGGAGCAGCUAGCUAGUUAGCUCGUUGUCUUGCCUUAUUUGUACCUGCAGAAUACUUCAGACAGCUGCUUACAGUAGACGGGUGUACUUCGCUAUUUUAUUAUUACAUUUUAUAAUAAUAAAACCCAUUUUAUUGGUAGCGAGGCUACGUAACCUUAUUAAUCCGAUCAUUUAGCCAUCUUCGUCUAGCCUACUUUGUAAAGUUUGUAAACAUGAGUUACAGUUAUGGCAGACCGCCGCCCGCAAUUGAGGGCAUGACUUCACUGAAAGUGGAUAACUUGACGUAUCGUACCUCACCAGAGACUCUUCGCCGUGUCUUCGAGAAGUAUGGGAGAGUCGGAGACGUCUACAUCCCAAGAGACCCCUACAGCAAGGAGAGCAGAGGCUUCGCUUUUGUUCGGUUCCACGAUAAACGGGACGCCGAGGAUGCGAUGGACGCCAUGGAUGGUGCCUUCCUAGACGGCCGCGAGCUGCGGGUUCAGAUGGCCCGUUAUGGAAGACCCCCAGACUCUCACUACGGACGUCGUGGAGGACCUCAAAGAAGGCACAGCGGACGGCGCAGUAGAAGCCCGAGGCGGCGGAGGCGUAGCCGGUCCAGAAGCAGAAGCCGCUCUCGCUCCCGCAGCCGGUCCCGAUACAGCCGCUCGCGCUCCAGAUCCAGAUCCCGGUCCCGGUCCAGGUCUUACAAGGCCUCUUUGGCCAAGUCCCUUCACACGCAGGGAGCAAGACCAAGUCCCCAAGGCUCCAGGUCCAGAUCCAGGAACCGGUCUCCAGUGUCCAACAAAGGGUCCAAGUCCAGGUCCCGGUCUCGGUCUAGAACUCCUCCGGAGUCGCCGGGAGAGAAUGGGACCGCAUCUCCGUGAAGCGGCGCCACGCUGAAUAUGUCUUCAGUGGGGACCCCAACGCCAGCUUCACUGAGGAUCUGACCCUGGCCUCCGCAGCCUUUGGAAGAGAAGCCGUCGCCCGUUCGCAGUCAUGACUGGACUAAAAGGCGUGGGUGAGUAGCAGUUGGUUUGAGUGCUGGUUAGCUGUUAAAGAUGGCGUGUUGCCGUUGCUGUGCAGAGAAAGUGCUUGGCUGGUUUCCAGUUUUCUCCAGAUAUCGCCAGUGGUAACCGUCGCCCUGGUGACUGACCACUGAGUGAAAGUGGGUGCCCGCAAGUGGCCCAAUUUUCUCUUUUUGGUAAUGCAUCACAAAUGUUUGAUAUGCCAUCACACUUGGUUAUUAUUUCAAAAUGAUUAUUCUUAACGGAAACUGGUGUCAUCCUGGCCUGCGAGCAGCGCAGAGAUGCCCGUCUGCACUGUGUGCUCCAGAAGUGCUUCUUCUGUAAAUCAAUCAAUCAUCUGUUUUCAUGAAAUUAAUAAAAAAAAAAUAAAAAAAAGCAAAUUGGUUUGUGUGUCAACUCACUUAAUGAUAAUUUAAUGAUGAUAUUAAUCAU